ACGAAGCAAAGCAACCGUUGCAAUUUUUCAAACCUGAACAGACUCCCAGCAACGACGCUUUCGUAGAACAAAGCAAACUUGCUAGCUCGGUGGAAGUGCAGCGUUGAUACCAGUGCUAAUUGUUGUAAUAGCGGUGAAAAUCUGUGAAAUAUUAAAGGAAUAGCGUGUACACUGGUGUAAUUUUUAUUGGUGGUAUAUAUUUUUAUGUGGGAAAUGCAAUAAUGGAUCCUUUCACACAGAAUAUACUCGAGCGCGCUGAAAAACGCGCCGCCGCAUUUGGCUUAACGAACACUUCAAAGUUUCCAUUGUCGGAAUUUAACUACGAGGUGGACAAACAAACGACUGGAGCUUCGCCCAAGAAAAAGUCCGCCGCAAAGAAGCAUUCAGCACCAAAGCCACCGUCUACGUCGUCGUCAACGAGCGUAUCGACGCGCACGGCAACGGACGGUGAGCGUACUACCACGGUGGAUAUUGGUGGGCAGGACAAUUGUGAUGUAGCGCUGGAAAUAAACAUCACGACAAGCGCUAAUCUGCAAGUUGACCUAGGGGUGAAGGAACUUGAAAAUGAUGGCAGUGUUAAAAAGCAAUGGGAACAUAAUAUUGUGCGUGCGCUCGAGGGUGAGAAGGAGAACAGCGCUGAGGCGAAAAGUCUCAUACGAGACCAGAGCCGGAAUCAACUGCAGCGGCUCGGUACGCUCUACUCGGAAACCCAGGACCUUUCUUCACCGGUGCAUCGGACCGAGGCACGGUUUCAUGAGGACAUGAAGCAAAGCAGCAAACCGAAGCCAAAGCUGGCAAAGUUAGCAAUGUUGGCUGAUUCGAUUAACAAUUGGGAAGACGAUACGUCGCACCCGGACAUUACGCAUCACCGUGAAACGAUCGUAACGGGUAGGGAUAAUAAAUCGCCUACCGUUCGCCGGCAUAGUCCGAAGCGUGCUGGAGGUGCUGCCUCGUCCUCUGCCACAUGUACGGGUGCAACUCCCAAAAAGUACCCAGCACCAAAUCCUCCGAAAUCGAUCCUAAGUCCCCAGAAACCGGGUAGCAAAGGAGAUGAACCAUCUGGGCCGUCAGGUAAACAGGGGCAAACGAAAUCACUGAAAUGGGAUCAGAAGGUCAUGGAUACGCUCGAAUCGCAAGGUUUCCAGAGACGCGAAUCAACUACUUCGAAACUGAUAUACGAUUAUAAGGAGGACAAGAAUGGCAAAAAACCAGAUACCUACAGGGUACCAGCAUCGGUCUCAACUGCUAACUUAACAUCACGCGAACGGAGUACUACACAGGUGGAUCAAGCGGAAGCAGUAAAAAGGUCCACUGCCGCUAGCCAGCAGAAAAAACCAAUUGGAGCAGCGAGUAUGCCCAAGGCAACUGGUGGGUUGGUAUCGGGACGAACAGCAAUGUUCGAAAAAUCAACCGGACGGCGUCAAUCAAUAUUGAAAGCAGGACAAAAAGAUCCAGCCGAAAUGUCUCUCAAGGAGCGUAUGGCUAUAUUUGAAAAGAACAAGGGAGCCGCCUUGGUACCGAAGGCAGCAUUCGGUAUAAGUCCUUCGAUUCGGCAGAUCACCGGAGAGAAGGAGGGUGGGAAAUCGUCCUCGUCCGGAUCGGGGCCAAUGUCUUGCGCUGCCAUUCAAGGAUCUGGCUUUGGAAGCAUAACGCAGCAAGCGCGACCAACUGCUCCAGCAUCUCCGCAGAGCAAACCGAAAGCUGACCAUGGCAAAUCUGCAGUGAAAAUUGAAACGAAAGCAACUGGUUCCGCCAUUCGUAACACUGUUGAAGCUCUGAUGUCGGACACGAGCACAAUUUCGCAGUCGGAAAUAUCGGAAGAAAUCCGUCGCCUGCGUCAGCAGGAGAUGGACAUGUUGCUCAAUCGCUUUACGAAACCGACCGACAUGUCGUCGGAUUCGAUGUCGCAUGAAUCGCAACCCAUCCCAUCAGCACCGCCGAUGCCCCCGGAGGGUUACCUUACGGCCAGUGGUAGGAAGCAAAAGAAGCAAUCGUUGGAGGGUCACAAUAACUAUCCACCCAAACGCCGCAGUGAUGGUACAAACGACAGUCCGGGUGUGAUGGCUGCCCUGGAUGAUGUGAAGCGUAUCCGGGUAGCGUCGACGGCGAAAGAUGGACGCAUGUACCCAGCACUGAGCGAUAUCGAAACGACAGCGACCGAUUCGGGUGACGAAGUGGCGGCGGGUGAUGAUUACACUACCGCCACCGUUUCCGGUUCGGAAGCGUCGGAACGUGCCUACCGGACCUGCUACGGGGAUGUCGGCGACGAUGAGCAUGUCGUGGAGGAGGAAGAUUACGACGAAGAGGAGGAUAAUGAACGGCAUCAGUACGAGGUGGAUGAGGAUGACGACAGCUUCAUGUAUUCCGAUGAUGACGAAGAGGCCGACGUCGCCAACGUAAGCCUGGGACGCGAAAUUCUGCAAGCAGUCAAACUGAACGAUCGUCGCACUAGCCGUGGUCGACGUCAGAGUCAAGACUGGAACCAUAAGGAUAAAGUUGCCCAAAUGCAGAGCACGAAAGGUGUGUCUUUCGACCUAAAUCAUUCCAUUACCACCGAUGGUUCGGAUCAGCUCGAGGACAGCGAUCUGAUCGAUGCCUGUCUCGAGGAAGCUUUUGUUGAUGAGGGCGACGAAGACAGUGAAGCGUUUGAUACACCCCGUAAGUCUUCAGUUUCGUCCAACAGUUUCUCCUAUCAGAAACAUUCAGGGCGCGAUCGUUGCGCUACAAUCAACGAGGAGCACUCAGAGAAGGUGACCAACAGUGGGGCUACCAAGCGUAAGUCUGGUACACCGCGCAAAAGCCAAGCUGGCCAACCGCAGACUGGUACCGUUGAUUAUAGCAGCCCGGUACGUUCGGAACUGCAGGUAAAGCCGUCUAAAGAGGAUGACGAUAUGGUCACGUUGGUCCAUACCGUCAGCUUCUACCGUCGGCAACAGCAACAGCAACAAAAUUCGAUAACUCCACGAAAAGUCGCACGUACACCGGUGACGCUGAAGGCAUCCACUUCACCGGCCAACAGAGCGGGUACGGUUGAUUCUACCACGGCACUCGAUUCGGACGAAGAAGAUGUGUCCAGUACCGCCGAGUCUACCUCCACCGGCACGGAGGAAGGUGAAUUUUUGGUACAGGAAAAGGUGAAAAAACUUUUGGACGAAGUUUGCAAACAGCAGACGAUAAUUGCCCAAGCGAGCCAGGCGUUGAACCUUUGCGCUGCCACAAUCGAAUUUUCCGGCUCAACGGAAUCGGCCGAAGGCGAACGACAUCUGCUCGUAGCGACGCAUCGCCGACAAGCCAUUUUGGACGAAGUGCAACGGCUACGUGUCGAAGGCUGUCUACGGCCAGUGGGUGCACCCACGGAAAAGGGUCGCCUGACGGUGAAGGAUAUCACGCUGCCCCUCAAACAGGAGUACAUGCGGAAGCUAGCAUCAGAUCAAAUCAGUGGCCAUAAUUUGGUCUGUCUGCUAAAGUAUAAUGAAACCGUAUUGGCCACACAGACGGCACCAACGUUACCAGGACUGCUUUCGGUACGAUUUCCCGAUGUGCUUCAGCUGAGUAACGUAUUUGCUGAUUUUAAGAUAACGAUGGAAAUUUACGGCAUGCCCGCUGGUCGUGAGGUCCUGCCGCACGAGAUAAAGUAUCAUAUUGCGUUGGGCAAAAAGAAAGGCGGUAGUGGAUCGAGCAAGCUGCUCCAUACGCCGAAAGGGCUGAAAAGUAAUUCGCGGCUCAUAAUGCCUCCAGUGCAAUCCCCGGCCGGACCGCAAGCCGUCCGGUCGCCGUCGCUUACACUGUACGGAUUCAUCAUUUUCUCGCUGAAAGAAAUUCAACGUACGAGCUGGACGCUUAAUCCCAUCUCGGGCUGUGCAAGCCCAUUAGAUGGUACGGUUAACAUGCGUGUGAAUUGCGAGCUAGCGGUGACGGUGGACUAUCACGGCUUUUUGACGAUGUAUGAGGACGUUUCGGGGCUGGGCGCAUGGCACAGGCGCUGGUGUCGACUGCAACGUCACAUGAUCAAUUACUGGCGGUAUCCGGACGACGAAAAGAAAAAGGCACCGAUCGGUAGUAUUGAUCUGCAGGGCUGCAGCACGCAGCGUGUUGGUGUUGCACCACGCGACAUCUGCUCACGGUUGAACACGUUGAUGCUGGAGUUUGCACGCCCCGCACGGGACAAUGAUGUUGAAUCGUUGAAGAUUGUACGACAUGGCAAAACCACCGUCGAAAGGUAUUUGCUUUCAGCGGAUUCAAAAGAGGAACGAGAUGAAUGGUGUGCCCAUCUGAACAAAACGUUGGCACUGUUGAAAGCCUGGGGGGGUUCGAGUAACGUCACCAGUAGUAGCUAAUGGAAUUUGUUCUUAUUUAGUGGAAAAGAUUUCUCUUAGACAGUGAUCGUUUUUUACGAAAAGAUCUAUUUUGAUAAUGUAUUGUUUUACGCAUUAGAGUUUGAAUUCUUAUGCCAUCGAAUACGCCGCGGAAACACAGCAUGCAACAGCAAUUGAAGUUUGUAUGUAAAUUACUAAGUAUUACUUUUAUGGUGUGUACGGUAUUGUCGGUUUUUUUUCUGCAAAAGUUUUAUAUUCACUAGCGUAAUGUUUUAAUUUUGAAUUAUUCGUCUACUGAUGAAACAAUAGACAGAAAGGAUGUUUGUGCAACAUCGUACGAUCCGUGCUAGAAGAAAAAAAUGAAGAGCGAGCAUUUACGACACCUAACAUUAUGCAUUUACAUAUAUAUAAAUUAAACUAACUGCUUCGAAGAAAAUGUAAACGAAAGUAUAUGUUUUGAUUGAGUAUAAAUUGAUACUAAUACUAAACCAAAUUCAGCGGAUUUGUUCUUUUUCUUUGGUUUGCUGAUAGUUUGGGGAAUUAUGGUGAUAUCGUUGCUUGCCGUGUUUGCUUGUCUGUAUUACGAUGUACGGUAUUAUAGGCUAGAAGUCCUUUAAAACACUCACGAACGAGUGGCGUCCUCUGACAAUCACAUAUUCUCGACCUUUCUGGUGGAUUAACCCAAUGGCAUCAACACUGGCAUCUUAUCU